GCGGCGGGGGCGUCGCUCUUCCUGCUGCGGCCGGGGCUGGACCUGGGGAGGUGAGUGGGCUCGGAGAAGAGCGAGUCUCACGCAGGGAAUCCGAGAGCAUGUGGGACUAUGGAAAGGGAAGGUGGGAAGCCCGCGGCUGUUGUCGCAGUCGUGACUGAGCCUCGGUUUACCCAGCGAUACAGGGAGUAUCUCGAGAAGGAGAAACUCCUGGACAGACAGCACCGUGUGGAAAAGAUGCCGGAUGGCACCGUCGCGCUGCCCGUGCUGGGAGAGGCCCUCCCCGAGCAGCACCUGCGGGAGCUGAGGAAUCGUGUGGCUCCCGGCAGCACUUGCAGGCUAACGCAGCUCCUGCAUCCUGUUCCUUCAAAGAAGGCUCAGGGUCGUUCACCUGCCCAAAGGCUGUGCCUUGAGGUGAGUCGCUGGGUGGAGGGCCGGGGAAUGCCAUGGUCAGCUGAGUUGGAGGCUGAUUUGCCCCGAUCUUGGCAACGACACGGUAACCUCUUGUUGCUGAGUGAGGACUGUUUCAAGGCCAAGCAGUGGAAAAGCCUGGAACCAGAACUCUGGGAAACUGUUGCCUCGGCACUUGGCGCCCAGCGUUUGGCCAAACGAGGGCGGGUAUCACAGAAUGGUACUCGAACUCCAGCAGUGACUCUGCUUUUGGGUGACGAUGGCUGGGUUGAGCAUGUGGAUAACGGGAUCCGAUAUACGUUUGACAUAACCCAGUGCAUGUUCUCCUUCGGGAACAUCACUGAGAAGCUUCGGGUGGCCUCGCUGCCCUGUGUUGGACAAGUGCUGGUGGAUCUCUAUGCAGGAAUUGGUUAUUUCACUUUGCCCUUCCUAGUUCAUGCCGGUGCUGCCUUCGUCCAUGCUUGUGAGUGGAACUCCCAUGCUGUAGUUGCUCUGAGAAAUAACCUUGAGAUCAAUGGAGUAGUAGAUCGGUGCCAGAUACACUUUGGGGAUAACAGAAAACUGAAGCUCUCAAACAUUGCAGACAGGGUGAACCUGGGGCUGAUUCCCAGCUCGGAAGAAGGUUGGCCCAUUGCCUGCCAAGUGCUACGAAAGGAUGCUGGGGGCAUUUUGCAUAUCCACCAAAAUGUGGAAUCUUUCCCAGCGAAGAAUCUCCAGCCUUCUGGAAGCGGUGAAAUAGAGAAGGAGCAUUGGCCUUAUCCUCAGCAAACUGUCACCAGCCAAAGGGAAAAUGGAGCUACCAGGGAUUCUAAGACAAAAGUGGAGUCAGCAGCCACCAAGCCAGAGUGGCACAGGUGGGCAGAAUCUGCAGAAACUCGCAUUGCCACUCUUCUUCAGCAGAUGCAUGGGAACCCGUGGAAGACAAAAAUCUUGCACAUCCAACCAGUGAAGUCCUAUGCUCCUCACGUGGAUCACAUAGUUCUGGAUCUGGAAUGCCGCCCCUGACCUCUGGUUGGCUAGAGAAGGUGGAUCCUGAGACGUGAGGCCCUAUGCGUAUAUUUAUAUCCAGUAUUGUUCUGAUAUUGUCACAGCGAUCACUUUUCAAGUUUUACAUGUACAGCUCAGCCUUUCUGUUAGCUGCAACUUCAGUGUUGGUAAACUAUUAUGCUUCUUUGCACAUUGACUUCUAUG